GCACUGUGUCUUUGUGGACCUGGAGAAAGCAUAUGACAGGGUGCCUCGAGAGGAGCUGUGGUAUUGUAUGAGGAAGUCGGGAGUGGCAGAAAAGUAUGUAAGAGUUGUACAGGAUAUGUCUGAGGGAAGUGUGACUGUGGUGAGGUCUGCGGUAGGAGCGACAGAUGCAUUCAAGGUGGAGGUGGGAUUACAUCAGGGAUCGGCUCUGAGCCCUUUCUUAUUGGCAAUGGUGAUGGACAGGUUGACAGACGAGAUUAGACGGGAGUUCCCGUGGAGUAUGAUGUUUGCUGAUGACAUUGUGAUCUGUAGCGAUAGUAGGGAGCAGGUUGAGGAGACCCUAGAAAGGUGGAGAUAUGCACUAGAGAGGAGAGGAAUGAAGGUCAGUAGGAACAAGACAGAAUACAUGUGUGUAAAUGAGAGGGAGGUCAGUGGAAUGGUGAGGAUGCAGGGAGUAGAGUUGGCAAAGGUGGAUGAGUUUAAAUACGUGAUCUCAACAGUACAGAGUAAUGGGGAUUGUGGAAGAGAGGUGAGAAAGAGAGUGCAGGCAGGGUGGAAUGGGUGGAGAAGAGUGUCAGGAGUAAUUUGUGACAGAUGGAUAUCAGCAGGAGUAAAAGGGAAGGUCUACAGGACGGUAGUGAGACUGGCUAUGUUAUUUGGGUUGGAGACGGUGGCACUGACCAGAAAGCAGGAGACAGAGCUGGAGGUGGCAGAGUUAAAGAUGCUAAGAUUUGCAUUGGGGGUGACGAGGAUGGACAGGAUUAGAAAUGAGUACAUUAGAGGAUCAGCUCAAAUUGGACAGUUGGGAGACAAAGUCAGAGAGGCAAGAUUGCAUUGGUUUGGACAUGUGCAGAGGAGGGACGCUAAGUAUAUUGGGAGAAGGAUGCUAAGGAUAGAGCCUGCCAGGCAAGAGAAAAAGAGGAAGGCCCAAGAGAAGGUUUAUGGAUGUGGUGAGAGAGGACAUGCAGGUGAUGGGUGUAACAGAACAAGAUGCAGA